AUCAGACCAAUUAGCAGGCGUGUCGUAGACAGCAACUUUAAACCGCACAUGCUCCCUAAAGUCUUCAUCUCUGAAAGCGAAUCGAGCCUUUUCCUUUCAAAGGCAAGAAUGUGUGGCCUCUUCGCUGGACUGCUGAGGGCUCGACGGGCUUUGGCUCCGAGGGCAGGCGUAAUGAUUCAACAACGAGCAGGUUAUAUCCAUGGCAAACCGCCUAAGGAUAACGUUGGUGCAGCGGAAUCUGCUUUGGUACUGACUGUGUUGACUCUGGCCGUCCUCGUGCCUUCUGGUUGGAUACUUGCCCACUUAGACCAUUAUAAAACCCGUGUGUGAUGGAUGAGGCCCUGGACCAGUGUGUCCACCAUUAAAAAUGCCAUGUGAACCCUGUCGGAGAUCUUUUUUGUAGCAUAAUAAACGUUCCCAAAUACACUUUGUCAGUUUCUGUUUUUUUUUUUUUUUUUUUUUUUUAACCCAUGCAUUUCUGCCUCCACACCACCAGGCGGCAGAAGCUGUUAACAAGUGAAAGUUCUAACCCUGGUUGCAAGCAGACUGUAUCGCCACAAGGCGUCCAGAUAGACAGACACUUUAUUGAUUCUGAGGGAAAUUCAUAACUGUUAUCUGUUGGGGCCAACUGCCUUUGAAUGCACCAUGAAGCCGCAACUGGCUGGGACCAUAAAGCGUCCAUCUGGGACAAAACCAGCCGGAGCUGAGGCCGCGCUGUCUCGGCAAGAGGCUCUUGUUGCAGCGAUACACGGAGCAUUUGAAGUGGCCGUAGAGAGCGCAGUUCAGGAGGUCACGAAGCUUUUCGGUCAGGCAACUGCGGACGUCUACGAAGAGGUGCGACAAGAGAACGAGUCCCUCAAAGAAAGACUACAGAGAGCUGAAGCUUUGCUGGACUCUGCGCGCAAGGAGGAAACGGUUGGCAGCUCUCCUCGUUCAAAGCAACUCUUGGAUACCAGUAAAUACACAGAUCAGCCGACUCGCCCUAAACGCAGCCAAAACAGCCCAAAUCCCAAAGUGAGAAACGCGCAGGCUUUCGGGCUCAGAUGUGGCGUCCCUGCUGCUCAGGCUCAUGACCCCCAACGUAAACCAAUGAACAGGAAUAAAAAGCAGAGUGGUGGUGAUGUAUCUGACCAAGAGAAAAAUAAUGGAGGUGUUGUUGCUUGUGAUGCUUUGGUUAAAGACAUCUGUGAAGAGAUGCCCCGUGUAUGUGUGGUGAGGGUAGAGAACUUAAACCAGCCGUGUCAGGAACACGACUUGGCACAACUUCCCAGUGCAGAUGACGAGACCACUUUACAGCAGAUUACAGUGAAGCAGGAGAAGCCAGAAGAGGAGGGAGGUGGUUCAGCUUGCUGUUUAGACUCGAUCAAAGUGGAGGAUUUAAGCCACGAGUGCAUGUUAGCGGUCCAGACCAAAAUGCUGGAGGAAUGGAAACCAGAAGCGCUGGACUCAGUCACUCCUGUGUCCUGCAGCGGGCUGGCUCAGGCUCCUCCUUCAAACCUGUCCACCAAUCUCCCACCGUCCACAGAUCUUCCAUCCCUCUCCUCAGAGUUCCCAAACAUCUUCCAGCUGGCAGAACCAGCUCCCGUCCCAGCAGCUCCCCCACAGGUUUAUGGAGUCCACGUCCGGACCAGCCGCAACCUCAGCCACACUUACGCCUGCAAGUACUGCGGUCAGAUGUUCCACCUGCCCAGCUUGCUCCGCCGGCACCACGGACAGUGCCAGCAGAAGCUCCAGCAGGGUUGUCAGCGGCCUGUAGCAGGAAACAGGAGGACCAAACUGCAGCUUUACCCACCAGGCUGCAGCCCCUUCUGCUGCACAGUGUGCAACCGAGAGUUCAAUCGCAUGGAGAACCUCAAGACUCACCUACGCAUCCACACGGGAGAGAGGCCAUUCACCUGCUCGGUCUGCUCCAAGUGUUUCCGUCACUCUGGGGCAUUGACCAGACACUUCCGUAUCCACACCGGAGAGAAGCCUUACAUCUGUGGACAGUGUGGGAAGUCUUUCAGAAACUGUGGGGGACUUAAAUUCCACGAGCGGUCACACAACAAGCUGCUGCAGUAGAGUGGGACUUGACACAGUUGCGGCCGUCAAGAUCAUUUCAAGAUCAGAUUUUUUUGCAGUCUCUCAAAAUGUUCAAAUUUAAUCAUUUUUAUGAAAAAAAAACAAAAAUUGCCAGGCUGUUAUAGACUGCCAGUUGUCUUGACAAACGGGAUAUGCCGUAGGUACAGCUGAUGGAGAGCCCAUGAGAGCGUGAAGAGUGACACUUUCCCAUCCCAGAAAAAGUAGUAGCACUAGCAUUUUACUUUUACAGUGUUUUGGUAUAUAGUUAUAAGUAUCUGUUAGUACAAAAAGUACAAACAGCAAUCCUUAGGUUUGGCUUAUCAAUCCUUAUCAAUAUUUCGGUAGGAUCGUACUUACUGGUUGUUUUUUUAAGACAGGAAUGGCCAGCACAGCCCAGACUAACCUUCAAGGCCCAGUGUGGAGGAUUUAGGAGGAUGCUUUCAUUAGUUUAUAAUCACCUGAAACUAAGAAUCAUCAUUUUUUCAUUCCCUCAGGAUCAGCUUUUCCUAUUUACAGAAGGAGCAGGUCCUCCUCCAUGGAGCCUGCAUUGUUUCUACAGUAGCCAGAAAACACUGGUUUUAGAGUAGGAGUUUUUUGUUUUUAGCAACCACCGUAAAUUCUCCUAUACACAUGGAAAGGGAAGGUAAGGUGAUGGGUGUUUUUUUUGUUGCCAUAUGCAACAUCACCAGUACAUGCCAAUAAAUCCUCCAUGGUGGUUCUUUGAAUGAUCGUCUGGCUUGUAUGCAAUCCAUCAGGCAGUAGGUGAUUGUACCAUAACAGGGUCUCUCCUCUGUAUGUUGUUUUUACUACCAGGUCUUCCCUUUGAGAUUGCAGAUAUUGUUUCUAAGAGCACUCAAGCAGAAAGCAGUGUCUCAACAAUAUGAACAGAGUAAAGUAAAUUAGUAGUAAAUUAUUCUCUUAUUUGUAAAAAUGGACCAAUAGAAAGACAAAAGUAUAGGUUUUGUAGCUAUACUUUGCUUUAUAUGAUGGCUCAGUAAUAAUUGAUAUGAAAUGUGUAAUUCCAAGUGCCAUUUUCUAACUUGUUCCAUGAUGGUUUGUGUUUAUUGUUUGUGGAAAUCUUUAUUUAAUUAUUUGUUUCUCUGCCUAUCAUAUACAAAUAUGCAUCGUAUUUUGGCUAUGGGUAUGGAAAAUGUAUGGAAAAACUUUUGCUGAAUAAAGAGUGUGGAAAUUACUCAAA